UACCAUCCCUUCCUCUUUCUCUUGCUCAUGCUGUGCGCGAUGGCGGAAUUGGGGCUGGGGGUAUUUCUGAUCGUGACGGGAUACGAGCACGAGUACUGGCCGAGCUCGCGAUACAGGGCGCUGCUAAUCCUCUUCCUCUUCGACGCGGCGUGGACGAUAUUUUUCUCGAGCGCCUACUUGUUAUAUUGCCUGGAGGGCGGCCGGCGUCUCCUGGCGGACAUUGCAAGCUCCGUGAUAUGGCUCAUAAUGACAACGACGCUUUGGGGUGCUGCAGCGGGCCUGUGGCACAAUACACGAACGGGAGGGGAUUGUACGGGACAACCGGCAAUUUCUGAAUGCCGGGAGACGCUGACGAUAGAAGGACUGGGCUGGGCGCAAUUCUCGUUAUCCGCACUCACGAUGCUGUCGACGAUCGCUUGGAUGCAGGAGUCGCGGUGGAAGAGAAGACUGGACGAGGUGCUUGAGAUGCCGGUCUGACGAGAUAAGAGCACGAUAUCUAUUCGCUCGCAGCGCUGUGUAACUUAAUGAAGUCCAAGUCCAAGUUGCGUGC